AUGUCGAUUACUAAUUCUGGUCUAUAUGAGUGUCCAUCAAUAAUUCUGGUGUAUAUGAAUAUCGAUUACAAUUUCUGGUAAGUCAAUUGAUUUAUAUAAACUCAAAUCUAAUUUGUUUUUGUUUAUUUAGGUCUAUAUGAAUAACCAUUAAAAUGUCGGGUAAAUCAGCUGAUUUAUAUCAACUUUAUAAAUCUAGUUUUUUGUUUAUUUAGGUGUAUGUGAAUGUCCAUUGAUAAUUUGGGUAAGUCAACUGAUUUCAAUAAAAGUAAAUCUGAUUGUUUUUUCUUCAUUUAGGUCUAUAUGAAUGUCCAUGAAGAAUUCUGGUACGUCAACUGAUUUAUAUAAACUUCAAGCUGAUUCUUUUUUGUUUAUUUAGGUCUAUGUGAAUAACCACCAAAAUUUCUGGGAAGUCAGCUGAUUAAUAUAAACUUAAAUCUAAUUUGUUUUUGUUUAUUUAGGUCUAUAUGAAUAUCGAUUACAAUUUUUGGUAAGACAAUUGAUUUCAAUAAAAUUCAAUCUGAUCCUUUUUUCUUUAUUUAGGUCUGUAAUGAAAUUGCAUUAAUAUUCAUGCGUGGGCUGAGAGUGUGAGGGCUUUCGUGGCUCAUGUAAGGGUUAUUUUAAUUGACCGAAGUAAGGUAUCGACUUGUUCUGGAACCUGCUCGGGAACAGUUAAUGCGUUUCCGAUGGUUGGUGUGUUGUGGUAGUAAAAUAUGCUAAUGUAGGGUUUCCGAGUGCUCGGAAACCUUUUCUCGAAAACCCUUAAAAGGUUUCCGAUAGUAACAAGUUCGGAAACCUAUUAACGGUUUCCUACACGACGGAUUUUUCUUAGAGUGUAGGAGAUUAUUCUUUCUUUACCUAUACUCUCUAUGCUCCAGUUUUAGAAGUUGUUUCUAAUAUUCGUCUUUUAAUCGAUUCAUGAUACCAAGUUGUGUCAACAGUCCAGUUGAAAAUAAAAUAUACUAUAAAGUAAAAAAGGACAGUGUCUACUUUCAAAUAUGAUUGGCUACACAAGUAAAUGGCCAGUAAAGAUAAAUCAGACUGACCCUGCAUAGAGAAGUGAAAGUAUACAUUUGGAAAAUAUACUAUGAUAAAGAAGUGGGUUGGUUUUCUUUUAUUGCUUAUUUCUAGAAAAUGAUUCAAAUGAAUAGAAUCUAUUUCUUGUUGCAGUCUAACUUUACUUCGUUGUCCUCUUCCACAUCGUCUUCUCAACAAUGUCUCACUGCUACAACAUCGAAGAAUAAACAAAUAGCUAGAGUCAAGAAGCGUAGACAUCCAUCAAAGCAUGAAUGGAGCGAUGAUGUACAUUAACACUAGAGUUAUGAAUAAACAUGUAUAUCUUUUCUUUCAAUAAAACUGACAUUUGUAAUAGAGUGUAUUGAAGGAAUUAGGAGAAUAGUAACUAACACUAGAAUUAUAAUAGUGAACAGAAGCACAAGCUUGAUUGCUUGAAUUCAUCGAAGCGUUCUCUAUACAUGAUUUUAGGUUGCGAGACUAGCAUAUCACUUCAUAUUCUCUCACACGUGAACAAAACUUAACAUACUUACGACAAUUGUGUCGUUUUUUUUAUUACGACCCUCAUGUCUUCGUCAUUACGACCAUCCGGACACUCGGAUUCCGAUCUUCAGCCAAAUUUUUAUGGUCGUAAAGAGAAAAAUUUAUAUGGAGUUCAGAAUCAAUUCUGAAAAUAGCUUUUUCAAUGGUUAUAAUCGUUGAAAAAGCUAUUGUAAAAAUUGAUUCUGAACUCCUGCACAGGCUUCAUUCCGAACACCCUGUAUUUCUGUUGUAUUUCAUUUACGAACUCCAUUCCGAACACCAUGACAUUUUCUUCAAGUUCGGGGAUCGUAAGCACACUAAUUCACGAGGAGGUCGUAAAAAUGGGGUGAGACGAGAUGUCAUUUUCCCAGGUCCUCCACUCCUACAAUUGGGGUACCCUUAGGCGUUCAAAUCCUACUAGUAGAGGGUACCCUUGAGUCCUCCAGCACUACUAUUGCGUGGUACCCGUAGGUUCUCUAGUCCUACUAUUGGCGGGUAUCCCAAUCCUAGGACUUGAGGACCCCAGGGUACCUCCCAAUACUAGGGCUUCAGGCACUAAGGGUACCCCCAAUAGUAGGACUUGCAGACCCAAGUGUACCUCCCUAUAGUAGGACUUGAGGACCCAAGGGUCCGACUCAAUUGUAGUACUGGAGGCCUGAAGAGUACCCCCUAAUAGUAGGCCUUGAGGACCUAAGGGUCCCAUGAACAGUAGGACUGGAGGAUCAAAGGGUACCCCCUAAUAGUAGGGCUUGAGGACCUAAAGGUACCCCCAAUAGUAGGACUGGAGGACCUAAGGGUCCCCAAUAGUAGGACUGGAGAACCUAAGUGUAUCCCCUAAUAGUAGGGUUUGACGACCCAAGGGUACCCCUAAUAGUAGAACCUGAGGACCUUAGGGUACCCCCUACUGGUAGGUCUUGAGCACCUAAAGGUACCCCCAAUAGAAGGGCAUGAGGACCUAAGAGUACCCCUAAUAGUAGGAGUGGAGGACCUAAGGGUACCCCCAAUAGUAGGGCUUGAGGACCUAAGGGUACCCUCUAAUAGUAGGGCUUGAGGACCUAAGGGUACCCC